AUUACUGCGAUCCUCCUCCCCAUGGCUGGAAGUUAUUUUAAAAGACAAAGCACUUCCUUAUUUGUCACAUCUCAGAAUGGAUCACAUGUAUGUGUGUGCUGUUUUCCUGGUGUGUCUGUGUCAACUGCAAGGGUCCAGUGCUGUGACUCCUGUGUUUGUGCAGAAGGGAAAUGAUGUUCUUCUGAAUGUCACGAAAGCUGAUGUUCUUCAGGACGUUUUUUCUGUUGUGUGGAAGUUCAAUAAAAAGGAUGUUUUAGUAAGAUUUUCACCUGGUAGAGAACCAACAGUCCUCCCUGCUUACACUGGAAGAGUUGAGUUUUCAGUGAAUGAUUAUUCUCUGAAAGUGAAGAAUCUACAAGAGGCAGACAGUGGAUUUUAUACUGCACGAGUGACAAGGGAUAUAGAGGAACUAACUGAAUACAAUGUCACAGUUCAAGAUGCAGUGUCUCCAGUUAAACUGAAGGUGGACUCUGUGUCCAACAGCUCAGACUCCUGUAACCUCACUGUGACCUGCAGUACACAGGACUCUCACAUCAGCAGCACUAUUAGAUGUGACACCAAAACCUGCAGUCAGGAGGGAGGAGAGCAAUCAGAGGUCACAACAUCUGGGGCUUCUCUCCAUGUCUACCUGGUGAAUCACUCAAUCAUUUGUAACCAUAGCAACCAGGUCAACUGGACCAAAGACAUUAAAAUGACUGAAGAUUUCUGCCCUUCACUUGCUGAGUCUGGACCACCCCGCAACAGCCACAUUGUCAUUGUCAUUGUGGUUGUUACCAUUACAAUUCUCUGCAUUUUUGCUGUCUCUGCAGUUUGUUAUCGUCGAAAGAGAAGAACAUGUCCAGAUAAAAAAGAGAACACAGAAAAUACGAUAUAUGCAGUUCCAGAGGUAAGUGAGAUGGAAGCUGUGGUCCAGCCUCCAAAUCCAACUAAUGAUGCUUCAGAUCCUUCUACAGUGUACUCCAUGGUGGGAACUCACACUGGACCCACUGAGACUAAAGUCGACCCUCUACCAGAGAGCCUGUAUUCUCAGAUAGAAAAGCCUGCCAGCUCCUGAAACAGUUUUCACCAUCUUCACACCUUGUACAGUAUCUAUCAUAGUUUACAUACAGAGAGUUGCAAAAUAACGUAAAUAAUUUCCUGUUAGGGAUAUACGGUGUUAUAGGUACUUGAAUAAUUUAUUGUUUCUAAAAACAGACUUCAACUGAAAAUCCCAUUUAAAAUCAAAUGAUUUAUCCUUGUAGAGUUGUUAUUUAUUGUUGUUGUGCAUUCAGUGUAUCAAUGGUCCCUCUGUUGACUCUGACAAGCUCUGAUCGAUUUCUUGCUAAAAAACUCACAUUAUUAGAUUCAAACUUUAUUGUCAUUGUCAUUGUGUACAGGUACUGAGACAAUGAAAUGUAGUUUAACAGUAUAAAGUAAGUAAAAAGAGAUCAGUGACACAAGAUCUUUUGGCUUCAUUAAUUCAUAAAAGAUAAUUUUACAGCUUUAACUUGUGUCCAAUAAUGGUGUAUGUUCCAGAAAGUGCUUUGCUUAGUUAAAGAAAAAGAUUAAAUAUUGUCAAUUAUCAGUGUUUUGCUCACAUUAACAUUGCAUUUUAUUAAAUGUUUAUAAAUCUUUCUGAGAACAUUGUAACUAGAACCACAGUAUUACAUAAAGUGUAUUGAUCGAGGCUUUUUAUUGUAUGCUGUUGUUCUUUUUUCAAUAUAAUAUAAAAGCAUUUUCUAUCAUGGUCA